CUGUGCAUGUGGAUAGACAGCUCUCUGCCACAUCAACUGCACUGCAAAAGCACUGCUUCGCACGAUCUCUCACUGUCACUUCACACAGUGGCAGAGCCGUGAGAGGUGACUCGUUUUGGAGAUUUUUCUUUUCUUUUUCAGUAGUGGUGCAACAAGUUUACAAAAGGCACCCCAAGCCGCGAGGUUUGUCAUUGUCUGAAAGGUUCCCCGGUGAAUGGGAACGCGCAGGUCCCUGAUAGGCAAGCGUUCCAAUUCCGCGAGGACCAGCUCACCACUUUUGCGGUGACAUUGCUCUCGGUCAGGCGACAGAGAGUUCACUUGACACACGUCCAGUUACUCCUAGCCGGUGGCGCACAUUUAGGACUGUUAGUGCAUGAUUGUGAAGAGAUACAGCGCGGGAUAUGGCCAAGGAAGACCCCAAGUGCGUCUCGAGAGUGGAGAGUGUGGCAGCUGGCAAGCGGCGGUAUUGCUUCAGGACACUCGCAAACGUGCUCUCGUUCGCCUUCUCCGCCGUGUCGGUCGCCUUUUGCAUCUUUCUGAGUGUCCAAAGCGCCGAGAUUAAAAGCAGAGUUCUGGACCUGGAGACUGCCGAUGGAGAGCGAAUGUUUAGCCGACCCCCUGGAUUUUCCAUGGAUCGGUUUAAUUCAAUGAUACAGCAGCGCGUGGAUGAACUGCUCUCCCAGCGCACCUACGAGAGUAUGGUCAAGAUCAGGACAGCCCGCCAGACAUCACCUGAAUGCAACUGCCCACCAGGCCCACCGGGGAAACGCGGUCGAAGGGGACGCAACGGCGAACCUGGACCUCCAGGCCCGCCUGGUCCAAAAGGUGACAAGGGGGAUCAAGGUGACCAGGGUCCACGGAUGGUCUUCCCUAAGAUCAAUCAUGGCUUUCUUUCAGCUGACCAGCAGCUCAUUAAGCGCCGACUCAUUAAGGGCGACCAGGGGUCGGCCGGACCUCCAGGACCACCAGGGCCUCCCGGACCACCUGGCCCCCGAGGCCCACCAGGAGACACGGGCAAAGACGGCCCACGAGGAGUCCCUGGACUAGCGGGCGAUCCUGGUAACCCUGGUGACAUUGGCCCAAUGGGACCAGAGGGCCCUCCAGGAGCUAAGGGCGCCACUGGUCAUCCAGGUAUUCCAGGCAUCGACGGGCUUAAGGGGGACAUGGGAAAACAGGGAUUAGAUGGAACUCCCGGCGCCAAGGGAGAUAUGGGAGAGCCGGGUGAGAAGGGUGACAUGGGAGAAGGAGGACCCAAAGGUGAAUUGGGCGAGAAGGGUGACGCUGGGUCCUCAGCCGCUGGCAUUAAGGGCGAACCCGGGGAGCCUGGACGCGGAGGACAGAAGGGAGAGCCAGGACUGCCGGGCCUGCCGGGACUUCCCGGGAUUAAGGGAGAACCAGGGUUCCUUGGACCUCAGGGGGAACCAGGGCUACCGGGCCUUCCAGGAACCAAGGGCGAGAGAGGGGAGCUGGGGCCACCAGGAAAGGGUGAGCGAGGAGAGAUCGGCCCUGCUGGACAGAAGGGGGCGCAAGGAGAGGCAGGGACACCUGGCCCCAAAGGGACAAAGGGCGACUUCGGAGACAAAGGAGACCUUGGAGCCAUGGGGCCCAGAGGUCCCCCUGGGCAGAAGGGAGACCAGGGCAUCACUGAGAUCAUCGACUACAACGGGAACAUCCAGGAGGCCCUUCAGAAGAUUACCACUAUUACAGUGACGGGACCCCCAGGACCUCCUGGACCUUUCGGACCACCGGGCAUGAAGGGUGACCAGGGACCUUCUGGCCCACCGGGACUGGAUGGAGAGAGGGGUCUGAAGGGCUCCAAAGGGGACAUGGGCAUGCCGGGGAUAUCAGGGGACAAGGGCUCCAUGGGCCUGCCUGGCCUCCCGGGUGUCAACGGGAUGAAGGGAGAAAAGGGAGACGCCGGUCUGCCUGGUGCUCAGGGUCCUUCUAUCAUCGGCCCUCCUGGAUCUCCAGGCCCUCAUGGUCCCCCUGGCCCAAUGGGCCCUCAUGGAUUUCCUGGACCGAAGGGGGAGCCCGGGAUGCAUGGCCUGAAGGGAGCGCGAGGGGAGGCAGGGCACAAGGGGGACCGCGGACCUCUGGGGCUCCCCGGAGCGUCUGGCUUGGACGGCAAGCCUGGGAUAAGGGGAAUGGAUGGACCAAUUGGAGUGUCAGGACCCGCAGGUCCAAAGGGAGAUGUCGGUGAGAAGGGGGCAGACGGGGAACCUGGGAUAAGGGGACCAUACGGUCUACCUGGCUCUCCUGGAACACCUGGACUGGAUGGGGAAAAGGGGAAGAAGGGCAAAAAGGGGCCUAAGGGGGAGAAAGGAGAACAGGGUGCCCCUGGAUUAGAUGCACCCUGCCCGUUGGGUCCAGAUGGCCUGCCCAUGCCAGGAUGCUGGCAGAAGUGAUUGGUCUUACUCAUACCGCAUGGAGUUUGUAAAUAGUGCUUCGUUUUCAUUUUGUAUUUAUAGUUUUUUAUUUGAGAAGAUACUACAGAGAGAAUAGAAUGAAUAUAUUAUGUGUACAUGAAGAGAAGGUGCACGGCCAUGCUGAUUCUACAUGCGUAGCUGCUUCAGUUCACCUGUGUGUGUGUGUGUGUGUGAUGAGGCGUCAGCGGCACACGCACACACACACACGUCUGCAUCGUGGAGUUCACACGCACACACACCCUUGACCCAGGACAGACGCUCACACAAGAGAGAGGCAGACAUGCCCAGUCGCCUGUGUGUGUGUAUGUGCGUGUACUAGCUGUGUCACUAGCUGUGUUAAGACUGGACACCAAAGUGGACACAUGUAAGGACAGAGCAGAGAGGACGAGGACAAACCUGGCACAGGGACAGCUGGGAGGCUGACUCGCUGCGCCGCUGCGCGCGUGCACACACGCGCCAGACCUGUGUGUGUGUGUGUGUGUGUGUGUGUGUGUGUGCGCGCGCUUGUGUGUGUGUGUGUGUGUGUGUGUGUGUGUGCACGUUUUGCCAUGAGUGUAUCAAUCUCAAACUGUCCGAUCCCUCACAUUCGCCACUCAGGCCACGCAACCACCAGCUGGAAAAAAAAAGAUGAAAAACCAACAAAAAAACACAAUCAGCAUCAUCACCACCACCACCAUCAUCAUCAUCAUCACAACAACCACGACCACCCCUCCACCCAAAGUCGCAUGAUAUGAAACUGUAUGUGUAUGGGUAUUGUGCUGUGUUUCAGUUCGUACGGCUUCUGCUAAAAAACAACAACAACAACAAAAAAACAAACAAACACUAACUGGCUUUUGGUCUUGCAUUGCAUCAGACAGCGUUAAAGUGUACUGUAUUUGACCCAUCAUUGAUAUGUUGUUUUUUAUUUUUAUUAUUUAUUUUAAUUUCCCCCCUUUUCUUUCAUGUCCUAAAGGGAGUGACGCCAUGGCUGGUGGCUUAAGCGGAGGACAUGGCUCCUCUCGGUAGAGAUGCUCGGGGCUCUGUUUUGUUUUCUUUAUUGUGCUGAGGGUCACAGGGCCUCAGCGUUGCACAACAGCCUGGCUCUCAGACCUCCUCCUCUAACACCACACCACCCCCACACACACACAUGGUACGAAUGUCAUGGACAUGCAUGGACCUGUUGUCAC